GCCCGGGGCGCUGGGUGUCCCCAGGGGUGGGCAGGGCAUUGUCACACCCCCACAGUCCCCGGUCCCCAAGGGUCCGGCUGGCCGAGCCCUCGCUCCCACCUGCCCCGUGCGCGCCGCCUCGGCUCCCUGCGACUUUAAAGUUCCCUCGGCGCACAAGGCAAAAGAGGGAGGAGAAAGCGUUUCAUCAUCGCUCCCGGGAGCCGACUUAUAAAAACUUGACGCUCCCGCUGCCUGCCUCACUCGCAGCCUUGGAAGGAUUUCAGCGCGGUCCGUGCGGGCCGGAGAGCGGCGGGAGCCCAAGAGCAGCCCGACAACCCCGGGCUCCCCGGGAAGCCCUCGCCAUGGGAGUCCGCCCCGAGGUUGGCAAAUCCCCGGUUGACAUCCCCAAGAACUCCAGCACCUGCUCCAGGGGUAUCUUCUGCAACAUCAAGGUGUUUGUGCUGUGCCAUGGGCUCCUCCAGCUCUCCCAGCUCCUCUACAGCGCCAACUUCAAGAGCAGCCUCACCACCAUCGAGAAGCGCUUUGGGCUCUCGAGCCUCUCUUCAGGUUUCAUCUCCAGCUUGCACGAGAUCAGCAACGUGGUGCUCAUCAUCUUUGUCAGCUACUUCGGCAGCCGCGUGCACCGCCCGCGCGUGAUCGGCCUGGGGGGGCUCCUGCUGGCGCUGGGAGCCUUCCUGGUGACCCUGCCACACUUCCUCUCGGGCCCCUACGAGUACACUGCCCUCAGCACCGGCAACAAAAGCCAGGGGCAGGUCGAGCUGUGCUAUGCAGAGAGCAGAUUUGUGUGCCCAAACACCACCCGGGACCCGCAGAAGGAGGCCAGCAGCAUGUGGGCCAUGAUGGUCAUCGCCCAGCUGCUGGCCGGCAUCGGCACCGUGCCCAUCCAGCCCUUCGGGAUAUCCUACGUGGAUGACUUCGCAGAGGCCAACAAUUCCCCACUGUAUGUUGCCAUCCUCUUUGCCAUUGCUGUGUUUGGCCCUGCCUUUGGAUACUUGCUGGGCUCCGUGGUGCUGCGGCUCUUCGUGGACAUCGGCAGGGUUGACUCUGUGGACCUGACGCCGAGUGACCAGCGGUGGAUCGGAGCCUGGUGGCUGGGGCUGCUCAUCUCCUCGGGCUGCUUGGUGCUCACCUCCAUCCCUUACUUCUUCUUCCCUCGGUACAUGCUGAAAGGAGAGGAGCGGAACACGGAGGCCGGGAUGCUCAGGAAGAUGGAGACAGGCGCUGCUGAGGAGACCUCCCUGCUGGAGUUUGUAAAAAGAUUCCCAAAGAUCUUCCUCAGGCUGCUGCUCAACCCCCUCUUCAUCCUCCUGGUGCUGGCUCAGUGCAGCUUCUCCUCCGUCAUUGCGGGUCUGGCCACCUUCCUCAACAAAUUCCUGGAGAAGCAGUACGGUGCCUCCCCCUCCCAGGCCAACUUCCUCAUAGGAGCUGUGAACCUGCCGGCAGCAGCCCUGGGGAUGCUGCUGGGAGGGAUCAUCAUGAAGCGCUUCUCCUUCUCCCUGCGGGCCAUCCCGCGCUUCGCCGUGGUGGUGCUCGUCUUCUCCAUCCUCAUCUGCCUGCCCAUUUUCUUCAUGGGCUGCUCCACAGGGCACAUCGAGGGCAUCUACCACCCCAGUACACCCAAUUCCCAGCAGCAGCUUAAGGCACGAGUUGGGUGCCAGUGCUCUAAGCAGAUCUUCCACCCUGUGUGUUGGAAAAACACCACGGAAUACAUCUCACCCUGCUUUGCUGGCUGCACCAACAGCACCACCAACCCUUCCAAUCCCAGACAGCUGAUCUACCACAACUGUUCCCUGAAUGGGAACGAGCUGUUCUCCACCUACACGGGCUCCUGUCCAGUCAGCUGCUCCCAUAUGCUCCUGCCUGCCAUAUUCCUCAUCUCCUUUGCUGCCCUGGUGGCCUGCCUGUCCCACAACCCCCUCUACAUGAUGGUGUUACGGGUGGUGAACCAGGAUGAGAAAUCAUUCGCCAUCGGAGUGCAGUUCUUGCUCAUGAGACUGCUGGCCUGGCUACCCGCCCCGGCCAUGUUCGGAGCCCUCAUCGACUCCUCCUGCAUCUACUGGCAGCAGCAGUGCACCCAGCGCCGCUUCUGCGCCUACUACAACAACGAUUUCCUCCGGAACAGAUACCUGGGGCUGCAGGUGGGCUACAAGGUGGUGGGCACCGUGCUGCUCGCCCUCAUCAGCUGGAAGGUGAAGAGGAGCAAGGAGUACAACGUGCAGGAGAAGGCGGCGGGGCUGGUGUAGCCCCCGAGGACUGACUGGCACCCCCAGCACACACUGCCACUACUUUGUCUUGUUUGGGUUUGUUUGACUUUCCGCGGGAGCGGCUCCGAGCUCCUCUCCCGCAGCCCGGGUGCUCCCGGCGAGGGGCGCUCCGGGCCAGCCCCAUCCCGGGAACGGCAUCUCCGGGAUCCCUCUGCGAGGGACAGCCCCAUCCCGGGAACGGCAUCUCCGGGUGUCCCUGCGAGGGACAGCCCCAUCCCGGGAACGGCAUCUCCGGGAUCCCUCUGCGAGGGACAGCCCCAUCCCGGGAACGGCAUCUCCGGGAUCCCUCUGCGAGGGACAGCCCCAUCCCGGGAACGGCAUCUCCGGGGUGUCCCUGCGAGGGACAGCCCCAUCCCGGGAACGGCAUCUCCGGGUGUCCCUGCGAGGGACAGCCCCAUCCCGGGAACGGCAUCUCCGGGAUCCCUCUGCGAGGGACAGCCCCAUCCCGGGAACGGCAUCUCCGGGAUCCCUCUGCGAGGGACAGCUCCAUCCUGGGAACGGCAUCUCCAGGGUGUUCCUGCGAGGGACAGCUCCAUCCUGGGAACGGCAUCUCCAGGGUGUUCCUCUGCGAGGGACAGCCCCAUCCCGGGAACGGCAUCUCCGGGGUGUCCCUGCGAGGGACAGCCCCAUCCCGGGAACGGCAUCUCCGGGGUGUCCCUGCGAGGGACAGCCCCAUCCCGGGAACGGCAUCUCCGGGGUGUCCCUGCGAGGGACAGCCCCAUCCUGGGAACGGCAUCUCCGGGGGUCCCUGCCAGGGGCAGCCCCCGGCCCGCUGGAGCAGGAGGCAGAGCGGGCUGGAACACACGGACCCGGAGAAGCGCCUGCCGUGGGCGAUGGCCCCGCUCCGGUGUGACAUUCUCGGCUGGGACAGGAGCAGGGGAGGUGGCUGCCAGCCCGGGACACCCCACACGUGUUGGGACAAGUCAGCACAAGGGGUUUAUCGCAGAACAUCUGGGGUUUGAUGCUCUUUUUAUUUUUUAAAUAAAGGUCACUUUUCCAAAUGUGGUGCUUGCUUGGUCUCCCCCCAGCAGCAAGACGAGCCCUGGGGAGGCUGCAGGUCAUGCCCGGCCCACGCUGAGCACAUUCCAGCCGGGAAAGGGGACGAAAUGGUGCCAGAGGGGGACAUUCUUCUGCAGCUCCAUCGGUGAUGGGGGAGCUCAGGGCCGGGCAGAGAAGCCCUGCCUGCAGUCCCUUGGAAGCUGCCCAGCCCUGCCCGCACCUCCCUGAUGGGCAGGGUCUCUGGGCAGGGGACUGCAGGCACAGCAGGUUUUGACCUGAGGUUCUCAUCCCCCAUAGGUUUGUUGGCACAGAUCAAUGCUGCUAUUUGGCUGGCACUUCAGCGGAGGGACCAUGAACAAAGAAAUGUCUUGCAAUUAAUAAGUUUCAUUCUCCCCCACCUCACAUCACAGCACCAUAUCAGAGUCUGGGAUCCUUCUCACUCCCUGUGAGUGAGAAGUGUGACUCACAGGGAGUGAGAAGGACCAGUAUGAGGUCCAACACUCUCCCUGUGUUGCUGUUUUGGUUGUUUCACACCCCUCCGGUGGGUUUCGGUGGGUUCUGUUAGUCCAUUCUGUGAUGGGGUUGUUACAGAACACAGACCACAACCCGCUCCAGCAUUUUAAAGUAAUAUUUUAACUUCGCUUUGCCUAUUGCAAUUAUUAAUGAUCUUUACUAUUAGUGAUCAGAUUGUCAGCUCCACGUUUCCUUCUGAUCCAUCUCUGCCUGGCACAGCACAGCCUUAGGGUUCACAUCAAGUUCAACCCAUGGCCCAACAAGUCCAGCUACUUAUGUCAAGCAGAGAGCUACUUUAAAAUCCUGCAAUUCUUUCAAUGCAGUGGGCUCUGGGCAGGGUACAGUGGGUCUGGGGCUUUCUUUCAGGGUUUUUUGGGUUGGAUGUAUUCAGGCCCUGCUGUCCUUACCCCAUGGCUUUUCCCUGGGAGGAAAAGGAGGGGUUCAUGAAGUCAAAGGAAAGGAGAGGACAGGAGGGGACCUGCCCUGGAUUUGCUCUGGAUCACCAAAGUUUUCACAAAAAAGAGAUCCCUCCAUGUUAUCCCUAUUCCUGUUCCACCUCCACCUGGCAGAUCUUCUCUGAACACUUACCUAACAUUCUCUAAGUUUUGCACCAGGCCAAGCCCCAAGAGGUGCUGUCCUUACUGCAGGACAAGCCCUAGGAGGGGCUGGUCACAAAGAGCACGAGGUGGCCCAAAUGGGACCAACAGAAGCUCCCGGCCCUGAAGGUGCCAGGGUCGUGGCUCUGUGCACAGGGAAGGUCACAGCUGGAACACCUGCUUCAGGGAGCCUUGGAAACCACCCUUCAGGAUGCUGAUGUCCAGGCAUUGUUAUUUUUUUCUUUGCCUUUCAGCAAUCUCUCCUCCUCUUUCAGGUUUGCUGCUAUCCUGGUUAUCACUGUGCUCAUCAUUCUCCUCCAAAAGCAUCUGCCUUUUCCAGGGGAACAAUUCAGAGUACAAGCCACAGGAAAAAUCCUUGACCAGAAAAGCUUCAGCACAGUGAGGGCUCAGUCCCUGGGGAUGUGUGAAGGCAGUGGGUUCCCAACUCAGGGUCAGGCAGCUGGAGCAAGAAGGGGCUGAGUUUAUCACUUCCCACUGUCCUGCCAAAGCCAUCCCCACACUGCCCUGCUGAGCUGCAGCCUCAGGAGCAGCACUCCUGGCCAGCAGAGCCACAGGCUGGGAACAAGGUCAGAAGAGCAAAGAACAAAGCACAGAACUGACUGGGGAAUAAAGAAAAACAAGAAAACAACACUCAGAGUUUCCAGUUCUGCUCUUUCCCCUCAGCCACAGGGGAAAAACAUCCACGAAUAUAUAAAUAUUUAAAAAAUCAUGGAGUGAGGCCCAAGAAACUCCUGGAGUUCUGCUCUGUGCUCCAGCACGAGCAGCUCUGGGCACAGCCCCAGCUCGGCCGUGGCUGUGCAGCCACUCCCCAGCCUGGGACAGCUGAGGCUUCUCAUCUCCAUCCAGCAAAGCCACAGGGUGCCCAAGCCACCUCCAGGACAGAGCAGCACUGCUGUGUCACCACAGCCACCACAGCUGGCUGCAGCUUUCCUGUGCACAUCACCAAAGAGCCUUUCAAUUAUCAUUUGUGGGCAUUUUCUGCUGUGGGAUUAUCAAUUUCUCAAUUAAUCAGAGUAAAUAAAAAGCCAAAAAAACCCAACCCCAAAGCCCUCUGUGUGCAGAAAACAAUGUUUUUUGACAACACAGACCUGGCCACAGAGCAGGAAGGUGAUCCCCAACACUGCUGAGCAGGAGCAGAGCCCCAUCCAUGGGGAUCUGACACUGUUGGGAAGAGCCAAGGCAAACACACAGACUGAAACAAGACUUGACUACAAACAGUUAAGCAAAAAAGAAUUUACUUAAGGAAUACUUUUAAAAAGAAUAACUUAAAACCCACCACAACCUCAUGGUACCUUCCCCCCUUUAAGAUGAGGCUGGUGCUUGGCUUCUGUGUCUUUGCAAGAACAAUCACCCAAAGAAACAGCAUUUUUUGCCCAAAAUCACUUCAGCAUUAUGGAUUCAAAGCAGGCAGCCCAAGACCCCCAGCUAGAGCAGUUCAAAGCAUGACAAACAUGUCCCAACAGGACUCUGUCUGCAGGAAACAGAAGAAUAUGACAUGUUUGGUAAAUAUAACCCUCCCCACCUCUGGCAGGGAUGGUUCCUGAGGGUGGAAAUGCAAGGACCAGUUUCACUGCAGGCACAGGGCUUUGCUGAAGGCUGUUCCUGCUCUUCCCAACACUUGGCAAUGCUGCAGGGAGGUAGGAAAAGCUCCAGAGAAGGAAAA